CAUGAAGAAAAAAAAGCUCAAGGAGCUAGAGAGCUGCCUGCAGGAAGUCGAUGCUUUCGAAAGGCCCAAGCUGCUCCUGGAGCAGUACCCGACAAGGCCUCAUAUCGCAGCAUGUAUGCUUAAUACAAUUCACAAUACUUUUGAUGAUAUUGAAAACAAAACAGUUGCAGACUUGGGAUGUGGCUGUGGCAUGCUUAGCAUCGGAAGUGCUAUGUUAGGAGCAGGAUUAUGUGUGGGGUUUGACAUAGAUGCAGAUGCACUGGAAAUAUUUAACAGAAACGUUGAAGAAUUUGAGCUCACAAACAUCAACAUGGUUCAGUGUGAUGUUUGCUGUUUGUCAGAGACCAUGUCAGAAACUUUUGACACAGUUAUUAUGAACCCUCCUUUUGGAACCAAACACAAUAAAGGGAUGGAUAUGAUUUUUCUGAAAACAGCUUUGCAAAUGGCAAGAACAGCUGUAUAUUCCCUUCACAAAACAUCAACCCGGCAACACAUCCAAAAGAAAGCAGAUGAAUGGAAAGUGAAGAUGGAAGUUAUAGCAGAACUUAAAUAUGACCUACCAGCAUCAUACAAGUUUCAUAAGAAGAAAUCUGUUGACAUUGAAGUGGAUUUCAUUAGAUUUUCUGUUGACAAACUCUUGAACCAAGGCAUGGCUUUAAAACCUAUUUAAAAUGGACUAAUAAAAACAAUGAUUUUUAUUUUA